AUGGCGCCCAUCUCACUCUCCAUCCGCAAGGCCACACCCGCCGAUCUCACCCCCGUCCUCGCCCUCGUCCGCUCCGCCUACCGCGGCGAAACCAGCCUCCGCGGCUGGACCACCGAAGCCGACAUCCUCGACGACCAGCGCAUCGACGAAGCCGGCCUCCUCAAAAAGAUCAACGAGCCCUUCGGCGCGGUCCUCGUCGCCCAGGACGAUGAAGCCGGCGGCGAGAUCGUCGCCUGCUGCGAACUCCUCAAGCAGAGCGACACGCUCGGCUACUUUGGCCUCUUUGCGGUGAACCCGCUGCGGCAGGCGGGCGGGAUUGGCAAAUUUGUGUUGGCGGCUGCGGAGGCGUAUGCGAAGGAUACCUGGGGAUUGAGGGAACUAGAGAUGAGCAUCAUCUGGACGAGGGCUGAGUUAAUUGCGUGGUAUGGUCGACGGGGGUAUGUGUUGACGGAGAAGAAGAAGCCGUUUCCGUAUGCUGAGCUUGUUGGCGGCAAGGCGUUGCGGGAUGAUUUGUAUUUCAGGGUAAUGGUCAAGGCGCUAUAA